UUUCUGCGUUAGUUGUGAAACGUCGGUGAUCUCGUAAACACUCGUUUCAGUCGGGAAGGUGUUUUUUGUUGUUUUGCGCGUUUUUUAUGUGAAGAUACUAAGCGGAAAGAAGCUCUGCUGAACAUUUGCUGUGGAAUUUGUAUAAAUAAACAAUAUUCAUUUCGAGAAUACGAAACAAUCGACCAAUACGAACGAAAAACUCGAGUACUACUUGUUGAGAAUACGGGAGUUCGAGUGAAGUGAGUUAGUUUUUUUUUUUUUGGGACUCGUGGUGGGUGAUGAUCAGGUGAAUUGAGGAAUUUUGGAUGGAUUCACACCCGGUUCGAAAAUGAUUCAACCUGCGUGGCGCUGGAAGAAGAGAAUCUGGUGACUUUUUUGUAUACUGAAUCGGUAUCACAGCCGACGGACGACGGUGAAUUUCGGCAGUAAGGGAAACGUCAGAAAAAUUAACAUAUUCACACGCAAGCAGUUUUGAUCGAGCGCACGGUGCGCAACAGGUUUAGCAGGCCUGAUUGGUUGGUUAACGCGAGGGUGCUUGUGUUUUUUUGGUUCAUACGAUACUGCGGGUUUUGCUAGUAGUGUGGCUGCGUACGUGUGUGAUGGCAAUGCGCUGACGAUUUAGCGAGCCAGUGUCGUUAGGGAAACCGGAGUGAAUGAGUGAAGAAAUAAAUCCAUGGGAUCGGUGUGGAAGGAACGUGAAUAACGCGAUAAUAUCGCCGACGUUCAUUUACGCUUGUGAGACGCGAGCGAUUUCUAAUGAAUUAAUGAUGUGGCUCUAAAGCUGUCCCAUGGUGGAUCAAGUUUGGUACGAUUUGGACAGCUGUAAUAUUCAUUAGAAAGCCGUCAAGUGGCAUGUCUGGUUACCCUGGUCAAUAACUCCUGGAACCUAUUGUAGUGUGCGGCAGUGUGAAUUGAGGCAAGCAGAAAUAUAAGCAAAUAAUAAAUAUUUGUAUGGUUUGGAAGGUUUGGAAGUGGUUGAGGGUUUGCGCGAGCGCCACUUGGUGGUGAAGAGAAGGCAGGAACGUAGAGAAGGCGAAAAGGCGAUCCAACCUAGCCGAGGUGCUGCAACAAGUGAAUGGAUGGAGUUAACUAGCCCAAGCGAAGGUUUUAUGUGGCCAAGUUUUAAUCACCACGCUAGGCAAAUGUAAUUGUAUGCUGAUUGAAUGGAAGUGAGCUUGAAGAGGAAGUGAUACAAAUUGUUAUUCGUACAGGUGUUUGAAGGUGUUACGUUAAUUAGAUUUCACAUUUAUCGAUCGAUUUCGAGGCAAACCAGUGGAAAACAAAACAGAAAGGAGCCAGUUUUUGAUGACCGGGAAGAAACAGACCCAGGGAAGGAAACACGAAGCUUUGGAUUAAUUUUCCCUGUUUCUCGGUUUCGUUAUGUUAUUUUGUUUUCGACAACAGCUAAAAUGCUUCGAAAGCCUCAAUGUGUGCGUUGCGAGUGGUUGGUGAGCUCUCGAGCAUAAACACAGUGAUUGAAAAAAUGUGUUCCCAUUGAAUUUGACCGUCAAUAUUUGGAGACGACGAAAAAUUUUCAAUUUCGUUCAAUUUCGGUUAAGUGAGGUUUAAUUUUACUCUCGAUCGGUUUGAGUUAUUUUUUGCUGGUUUUUUGUUUUGGUGCUGUGAAGAAGCAUCCUCCAACCGACGACGGCAACAAAAGAAGAGAUUCCAGCGGAAUCGAAGCAAAAGGAAAUAUUUUUGAUUUUUUCGCUGAGUGGUGAUCAUCGAUCGGUCGCUUUUUAUUUCAUCUGGCUCAGCCCCUGGAAUUGUGUGUAAAGUGGAGAAAAUUCGAAACGAUGGGUAGCCGCAACUUGGAGUGUCGUAAAUUUUCACCAAACAUCUUUAACAAGAGCAAAUGUACACACUGUUUUCGCCAGCGCGAGGAGCACAGUGCGGCUGCCUUGGAAUGCAAUCGGGCAACGAGAAAGGUGUCAAAACGUGGAUAUUUAUUCGUGGCACCCGACUGGGACUUCAGCAACCCGCUCUACAGAACAAAGCGAUGGCAGCGAAGGUGGUUCGUCCUGUACGACGAUGGGGAGCUCACAUAUUCGGUGGACGAACACCCGGAGACGAUUCCCCAAGCCAUAAUCGACAUGACCAAGGUACUGGAGGUAACCACAGCCGAAGAUGUUACUAGUCAUCCACACUCAAUUGCCAUUACCGCACCGGAGCGAGUCACAUUCGUGAAGGGCACCUGUCCAGAGGAAACCAAAUGGUGGUUCAACGUGCUAUCGGCCUUCCCAAAAUCAAAGGGUCGACACAAACGAAAUGCAACGUUUCCCGGUGGCCAAGCAACAACAAUCCUGCAGUCGCAACCUCCAUCAGCCGGGCGGAAUCGGCACAAUUCGUACCACAAAGACAUGCUGCCAUCACCCGUCGUGGCUAAUCUGGAGGCCUUGACGGCGCCUUGCUCCUGGAAUCCCGCGGCCACUGACGAGAACAAUCUAAAUGCAAAUAACGAGAACAGCGGUCCAGGCAAUUCUACAACAACGUCGACCACCACCGGUAGCAAUCUCGGUGGCAGCAAUAACAGCAACAACGUGAACGCCAAAGUCUACAGCGAUCAACCCGUUUCGUCGAAAUCGCCACCCACCAGAGAUAAAUUACAUCCCGAAGGCAAAGCUCAGGCACGUAUCAGGAACCGCAAUCGAUCAUCGCUGGAUGCAACCGACUCAGCAUCCAUGUGCUAUCUGCUAGACGACGUUCGGCGCGAUGAGAAACUGAAAGACAUAGCCAACACGAUCACCAAUGUGAACCGUUGGAGCUCGCCGUGCAUCGCCGACAGUAUCCCGUUGACGGUGGUCGGAGUGUCCCCGGAUGAGAAACCCACCCGAGAUGAGAACACAGUUCCUCCACAGUACAGUGCUAAGUCAACCGGCCAAAUGCGACCACAGUCCCUGACGAUUCCGUCUACUGCUCCGGCCAUCGUUUCUGCCAUCGUUAAGAAGAUACCCACCGGUAUCAGUAGUUCCACCAAGUCUGACCUGUCGAAAACCCACCAGAAAUCUAUCUCUAGUCCCAAGUUGAAACCUAGUCAAACUCACGAACGAGGCGAUCCCGAUGGGGACUGUGGCCUCGACGAUGCCCCUGCAAACUAUCUCUCGAAAAACUCCGAACUCCGAGUUACCAUCCCAUCAACGGAAGAGCUAAUCAACUCGAAAAAAGGAUGGCUCAUGAAACAAGAUAGCCGCUCUAGCGAUUGGAGCAAGUAUUGGUUCUCGUUACGAGGGGCUGCCUUGUUCUAUUAUCGAGAUCCUGUAGCCGAGGAGAAGGGUGUACUCGAUGGUGUGCUGGAUGUUAAUAGCAUUACCAGUAUAACGGAAGUACCCGUUGCUAGGAACUACGGAUUUCAGUUGACGACAUGGGAUAACAGACGCAUCGUUUUGUCCACUGUAACCAUCAGCAAUCGAAACAACUGGAUAAAUGUGCUCAAGAAUGCAGCCGGAUUACCUCAGACCAAAGUUACACUGAAUAACAACAACCUGGGACUAAACAAUCAAAACGAUGAAAACUUCAAAACGUUAACCGACAAACCUCCGUUAGAGAUAGAAAUCAUAGACAGCAACCCGACGCAGGACAAGAUUGGCAGUAAUAAUACCGGAACCGUAAACAAUCGCGUCAUUACUGAGGCUACACAAGGAGAAGAUCAAGUGGACUGUAAGCCACUACAGAAAAAUCAAGACGUAGUUGUGCAUCUCACCAAAUCAAAUAGCUCGUGCGACGUUCUGAACAAUAACCUUCCGCAAAAGCCAACCAGUACAUCGACAGUCACGAGUCCUGUAACGCCCGUAACGCCAAUCACGCCCAAGUCCAUGCUGUUCUCUUCCGACGAGGAGUACCGCACUGCAUCCGAAGGAGGUCGGAGGGACAGUGUCGGCGAUUGGGGCUCACCAGUAUCUCCUUCCCCGCCAGUGCCACUUUCAGCGAUAGCUAGAACCAAAGAUAGAUUAAGAACAUCCCACAACCGAUUACACAAGCGCAGCCGAUCGUCACCUCCGUCGUCAAGGCGCAGUACAAUCGAAAGCGUGCAAUCGGAAGACCUCCCACUCAUCAACCCCGUUCAGGAAGAAGUCUGCAUGGAUAAGGAACUUCAGCUGAGGUUACAAGCUGCCGAAAAAGAACUGUCGAUCCUGCGAGAGGAAACUCACGAGCGAGAAGCCCGAAUGUCUGACCUGCUAGCCACACUCGAACGAACAGAACAAGAAUUGACACGGAAACGAGAAUGUGAAGAAAAUCGGGAUAAACUUGUGUCGCAACUCGAUGCCAGUAGGGCCAAUGCUCAGGAAAUCAUCGACAGGAUAACGGUGGAGCUUGAUAAUAGUCGCGACACGGUUAAGGAACUGGAAGAUCGUCUAGCGCGUGGCAUCGAAGAGAAUGAAUCCCUCUAUAAGAAAAUCAGAGAAUUCGGCAUUUCUAGUCCUGCAUCCAGCUUGUGUAGUCUCAAUACCAAAACGGGUAAAAUGCGACGGAUGGAUUCGUUUAGCGAUUUGACUAGUCUGAAUGAGGUUGACCCAAACACGUUGGACAAGGACAUGCUUGCAGAUGAGUACCACGAGUUGAGGGCACGUUUCGAGAAAGCAGUCAGCGAACUCAAAGCAAUGAAACGUGAACUCAAGGACUCUCACAAAAUGUACGAUGAUCUUGAGAUAUCUUAUGCCACGUUAAAACGGGAGAUCGAACGGCACCAAAAGGAGCAAGAGUCACAAACGAGGAUGAUGGCUGACAGAAUACAGGACAUGACCAACAAGUACACCAACGCUGAAAAACAGGUCAGACUUCUUCGACAGAAACUGGUCAGAAAUGAGAAGCGGAGGUCACUAUCGCUGAAGGGUAAAGAAUCGCUCACAAUCCAGAAAGAAUUGGAAGAGAAAGUUACAGAGCUGGAGCACAAGAUCGACGCUUUAGAACAGGGAGCAGUGAUAGCUGAAGUGGCGGAGGCCCAAGGUGGAGCAUCUGAGCUGAAAAGCGUGAAACGAGCGUCAACCAGAUUACGAAGGAAGAGCUUGGAUAGUGCUACAAUCUCUUCGCAGCCAAUGCAAGUUCUGCUCCGGUUGAAUAACUUAGAAAAACGUGUCGACACUGUGAAGGCUACUGCCGGAGAAAUUUUGGCUAUCCCUGGCUCUAGUGAAAGCGUGAACACUGCGGGAACGAUAAGUAGCGGAAGCACUAGCAGUAUCAGCAGCGUCGGUAUUGUCAAAACUACCACUAGCACUAGUCCAAAGGUUUCCGAACACCUAAUGGAUCGGUUGAAAAGUUUAGAAGGUGUAGUCAUUUCCGUUCGUGACCUUGUCGACCAAAGUAUGCGUCAGUUCCAGAACCUGAGGUCUUCCCGAUCUCGACGGUCUGUUUCACCGAUUGCUGACAAAAAGGAUUCUUUUAAAUUCAUAGAAAGGUGUCUAUCAGAAGUCUCCAAGCUGUUACGGGAUAGUUGCGAGCAUUGCGUCAUACAAGAUUGUUCGUUGAAUAACAACAUCGUCCUGCUACCGGAAACCAAUCCGAUCAAGUUGGCACUCACACAAAUGGAAGGCCAACUUAAAAAUAAGCUCUGUGAUCUGCUGAAACAACGACGAAUGCUGCGUGAAACAAAUGGCCUGACGCAAAAGAAAGAUAUGGAGCUCCUAGCUGAACGAAUCGCCUUCGAAACUGUAUGCUUCGGACGGAUGCGGAACGCACUGGAACGGGCAGAAGGCAUGAAGGAACAUGAAGAAAAACAAACCAAAGUAGAAGUGUCUGAAACGAUACAGCUGAUGGCAAUGCUCAAGGCAAAACUUGCCGGAAAAUGUGGUAUCAAGCCCAACAGCAGCAUAGAUGUGCUUGCCAGUGUUUUGGCUAGAAAACUCAUGUUGUCAGCUGGUCGAACCAGUAACAUAAGGUCGCUCAACUUCCCUGCCAUCAACAGUAAUUUACUGGAUGAUUUACUUCGUCAGCAGAACGAAGUUCAUAUGGUAGCUAAACGGUACAAAACGACCGUUAUGGAAAAUCUAGCGUACGGCUUAGCUGCCGAAACGCUGAGUUAUAUUUCUUCAUCAAAUGAAACUAUUCAGGGAGCCGUGCAGGAGGCUUGGCGGCAAGCCCAGGAAGCAGUUAACGCUGAAUUGGUACAGUCGGAAAUCGCGCACAUCAUGAUGCGAAGUGCUCAACGGUACGAAAACUCGCUGACACCUGCAUUUGGCUAUGCAUUGUCUACGGAUGAGCGAAUAACAUUUGAAAACUUUGCUGAUGCCGUUCAGGACGUUCUACGAAGAGAAAUGGAACUGGCGGUAACUCAGCUGACGGAGUGCUACGAAGAAAGUCUAGCGAAGAUGAAACGUGGUCAGUGGAGGCUUCAUUUGGAACAGGAACGGAAACCAAGCGAAGGGCGGCAGCUAUUGGCAGAAUUUGCUGACAUAAUUGCACACAAAGCUUUGAUCGAUGCUCGAGUUCAAAUUCUAAAAGGAGACUACGUCCCUGCCAAAAUCAAACUGAUUAAUGAGGAUAGCAACAGCUUCAGCGUUGUUGCACUGAAGAAAUACGAAAAUUUAUACACUGAUCUCACCGCUGAUCUUGAAAUCGCCAAUUCCGACGACAUCCUCGCUGAAGCAGAUUUCAACUUCAUGUAUAAAUAUUUCGUUAACGAACAUUUGACUAACAAAACAGAUAUCAAGGAAAUAUCUGCCAUUCUGAAUGAAUUGGAACGAUCUGUGGUAUCGCUGCAGAAUACGAUGGUUCCGGAUAACGUGUUGAUCGCCAGUACGGUAGAUGUCGAUAGUUUACGAAGCAUUCAUGCCAGAUGUGCGGAAAUUCAAAUUCGUAUAGAUUCUUUGAUUGAGACAGCCAAAUCUAUUCAAGCUCAAUGCGACGAAUGUGACAGACUGCAAAUUACACUUCACCAACUGACUGAUCGGCACGAAACCGACAUCGCUAGCUUAAGGCGACAGAAUGAAGAACAGGUUUGCCUGUUAACCAGAACGAUUGAUGAGCAAAAACAGCUUAUCAAGAGCAUCGAAAACGAAAAGACAGAAAUUCAAGAGAGGUUGAGAAAUGAGAAAAAUGUCCUGAAGCUUCGCGAAAAGGAAUUCAAUGAUCUGAACAGCAAGCUUCAAGAAUACGAAACAAUGUGCCAUGAGAAGGAUAAGGAAAUUGAAGAUCUUUUAGAUAACUUCGACGAGGAACGUAAAAAGUCCAAGGUGCUACGGGACAAGUAUGAAGAGCUGUCGAACAACUUCCAAAAGAAUACCGAAGAAUAUGUCGAGCUUGAAAAGGAGCGCGAUUAUCUGUUCGAGCAGAUCCGAAAGGAGAAGGAUCACGUUAAAAAGUUGGAAAAACAGUUGGAGAUGCUCGAAGCCGAACACGCCCAGCAGGUAGACAAUCUGCAUGCUGCGUAUCGAGAGCAACAGAUGGCCAAUGAAAUUGACUCACAGAAGGACAAAGACGACGAGGAUAGCUUGCGUCUGAAGUACCAGGCGGAAAUCGAGCAACUCAGGGCUUUAUGUGAAAAAGGUCUCGCAGCAAUGGAGGCAUCGCACAAGCGAAUUAUUCACGAUUUGGAAGAGAAGCAUCAACAUGAAAUUGCGCAGCUGAUAGUGGAAAAGGAGCAAGCACUUGCCGAAGAAACUCAGGCAACAUUGGCAGCACUGGAUGCAAUGCGCAAAGCUCAUCAGAAUGAAGUCCAGCGUGAAGUUGCCCGAUUCAAGCAAGAGUUUUUGAAACAAUUUCAGAAAGGUGGCCAAUCGCCAACUUCCGUAAAAGAGAAAGAGCAAGAGUUGGAGGAAGUUCGGCAGGAGAUCUUGUCUCUAUCGGAGAAGUAUUCGAUGAAGUGUGUGGAAACGGCUUCACUCGAAGAGAAGCUGAGAAUUGCAUCGCAACAGCUGAAAUAUUCGCAGCAGCACAUUCAGCAGCUCGAUGUUAGAAACAAACAGCUAAGGGCACACUUUGUAUCAGGCGACUCGACUGAUUCCGUCUCAACGCCGAAGGUAUCCACAACGCAAAGCUCGCAUGAUGAUGCGAACGGUAAGAAGACCUCAACCGACGGUAGCCGACAUCAUUCGCUUUCAACGGUGAUCAAAGCAGCAGCCAACAACGGUGGUUCCGUAGCAUCCAGCCACAACAGUCCUUCGCCGGGCCAUUGUUUCGAUAACAGCAACAAAGAAUUCCAUUCUAUUAACAAUAAGAAAGAAUCGCAUCCUAGGUUGAAACUAUGCGAAGGAGCCAAACUAGGCGUAUCAGCAGUUUUCCCAUCUUCCACGUCAACCGGGCUCGACUCGGUGAAUCUUACGAGCAGUAACAACCGAACCAAAGUUCUAAACUCCAAACAACUUAACAUGAGCCUCCUCAGCGGAGGGACAGCACGACACAGCACCAGCACCGCCAGCAAUAUCUCCUCACCGGCCACCACCGGCUUAACCAUCCCGACAAGCAAUGCAUCGCCGGGCAGCAGCAGCCAAAAAAGCUGCACCAGCAAAACUAAUAAUAAUAAUAAUGAUAACGAGUGCCUAACCGAGCUUAAGCCAGCAAUCAAGAUGAGUUCGCCCCUUCCCUUAGAUGAGAAGGACGUUGAACAGAUUCAUCGAUUCGAAUUGGAAAUCUAAAGAAAGCUUUGCUAAAUUCACGCAAGCAGCUAGCUAAAUGAAACAACAAUCAUUAUUGUUAUUGACACAGAUUAAAUGGAUCAGCUUACAAUUGGAUCAGUCACCCACGCCAAAAUGAAGCACUGCUUUGAGUUGCAUUGCAAAAGACUUACAACCUAACCUGACGCCUUAAACCUUACUUUUACUUCUUGUACAAUACCCAAGCAAGCUUCCUGUUCGCUCCCACCAGUUAUUUGUGCACGCAAAACAAUUUUAAUAUUACCAAACUUUUCUGUAUAUUACUUCUAUUCGUAUACAAAUCAAAUCUUAUAUUGAUAUAGUUUACAUUAUUAUACAUGUGUACAGUUAAUUAUGUAUAGAGCCCCCAAACAUAUAUAGUAAAAAUUCAUCAUAGUAUUUAAGCGUAAAUACGAAGCCUAACCCGACUACGAGCAGCUUAUCCUAAUCUUUUGACAAUGGAAAGAGUGUUCGUUGAAAAACCAUAUUUGCUAACACGUAAGACGUUUUCUCACCCUUUUCUAGUAUUAAAAGCCGAUUCAAGUGUUCACACCUGCCCCACGCCAAUUUUACGAACUAUUUCUGCCCGUUUCGAUGAAGAAAACUGAAAAAUUAGACAACGUACUGUUGGGCAGACAGCCAGAACUUAGUGUUUACUCUAGAUCUGUAGGAAGUUUUAUUUAAUUCGAUUAAUUUUACCACUCCGGUGUAAUGCAGUCUAGCAAACCUAACUAUACCAGGUUCCGCCGCAAGACCUUUGUUUCCAAUUGCUACAGUAACGUGUAUUUUGGAAACGUUUAUACACAGUCUUCCCCGUCCCCUUUGUGGUUCUGUUGACUUUAUUUUUUAUCAAACAGCAAUAAAAAUGUGCAUGUUUUUGUCAAAAUA